CGGCGCGGCAGGCCCGGCAUGGCGGCGCGGCCGGCCCCGCUCCGCCUCUGGCUGUUCCUGCAUCUGCUGCCGCAGGUGUACUGUGAGUAUGGGAUGGUGCAUGUCCUUUCAGAGAAGGGGAGCAGCAAAGGGAAAGACUACUGUAUUCUCUUCAACUCUCAGUGGGCCCAUUUGCCACAUGAUCUGGGUAAAGCUUCACUCCUGCAACUGCAGGAUCAGACAGCAUCUGUUUUGUGUUCUCCUUCUGAUGUACCUCAUGGGGGAUUUAAUAAUCAAAUCCCCAUGGUGAUGCGAGGAAAUUGCACCUUCUAUGAGAAAGUGAGGCUUGCUCAGAUAAAUGGGGCCCGUGGGCUGCUGAUUGUUAGUAGAGAGAGACUGGUUCCUCCUGGAGGUAAUAGGAGCCAGUAUGAAGAGAUUGAUAUUCCUGUGGCUCUGCUUAGCUAUACUGAUAUGUUAGAUAUUGGCAAGAGUUUUGGCAGCUCAGUGAAAGGAGCAAUGUAUGCACCAAAUGAACCUGUGCUGGACUACAACAUGGUGAUUAUCUUUGUCAUGGCCGUGGGGACUGUUGCAAUUGGAGGCUACUGGGCAGGAAGCAGAGAUGUGAAAAAGAGAUACAUGAAGCACAAGCGUGAUGAUGGGGCAGAGAAACAUGAUGAUGAAACAGUGGAUGUGACUCCCAUCAUGAUCUGUGUGUUUGUAGUGAUGUGCUGCUCAAUGCUUGUCCUCCUUUAUUUCUUCUAUGACCACUUAGUCUAUGUUAUAAUAGGAAUAUUCUGCCUGGCUGCCUCGAUUGGUCUUUACAGCUGUCUGUCUCCCUUUGUAAGAAGAUUCCCCUUGGGAAAGUGUAGAAUUCCAGACAACAACUUGCCAUAUUUUCACAAGCGUCCCCAGGUCCGGAUGUUGCUCCUGGCAGUGUUUUGUAUCUCUGUCAGCGUAGUCUGGGGAAUCUUCAGAAAUGAAGAUCAGUGGGCCUGGGUUCUGCAAGAUGCUUUAGGAAUUGCUUUCUGUCUUUACAUGUUGAAAACAAUUCGCCUGCCUACAUUUAAGGGUUGUACCUUACUCCUCCUGGUUCUUUUUGUGUACGAUGUAUUCUUUGUAUUUAUCACACCUUUUCUAACAAAGACUGGGGAGAGUAUAAUGGUGGAGGUGGCUGCAGGCCCAUCUGAUUCUGCCACUCAUGAAAAGCUCCCAAUGGUCCUGAAGGUUCCACGACUGAAUUCCUCACCAUUGGCUCUAUGUGACAGGCCUUUUUCUCUCCUAGGAUUUGGAGACAUUUUAGUUCCAGGCUUACUGGUAGCCUAUUGCCAUAGGUUUGAUAUUCAGGUGCAGUCAUCCAGAGUCUAUUUCGUAGCCUGCACAAUAGCAUAUGGCAUAGGCCUUCUUGUGACCUUUGUUGCCUUGGCACUGAUGCAGAUGGGGCAGCCUGCUCUCCUCUACCUGGUGCCCUGCACUCUCCUCACCAGCUUGGUGGUGGCCCUCUGGAGAAGGGAGCUUGCCAUGUUCUGGACGGGCAGCGGCUUUGCGAAAGACCUACCUCAGCCUCCUGUGGUGAUAGCUCCUGUCAACUGCCCUCAGCUUCCCAAAGACAGCAGUGUGCCAGCCUCUCAGCAAGACACAGAGCAAAUGACCAACCCCACCCUCCACGUGGAGGAGCUGCCCGGCUCCGCCUCGGCUGAAGAGGAGCUGGCUGAUAGCAGCACAAAGACAGAGCAGCCAGAAAUCUCUGUGGCCCACAGUGAGGAACCAACUGCUCAGAAUAAGGAUGACCUUGAAAGCAAAUGCCUAAAUGCAGAACAAAACCAGUUGGAAUAAGUGAUGUGAUAAGAACUCCUUAACUUUCCCUCACAAACAUACAUAAAACCAGUAUGUAUUUAGGACUGGUUUAGUAGGGUUUGCUUUCAUUGAGGAACCUCACUAGGAGUCUGAUCAUCAAAUCCAACAAGGAAUGUUCUGUCUCCAGCUUUGGUACAGCUAUAUACUUAAAACACCUUUCUGAAAUAUGGUGCUCUCCAGGAGUUCUGAUGUGUGGGUUUCAAUGAUCGCUGUUAGUGAAUGCCUUUGACCAUUUGUUCCCUUUGCAUUAGAGCAGGGUGGCAUCAAGAGUCUUUAUUUACUCUGUGCUUAUAUGGCUGUUUCACUGCUUCACCAUGAUGUAGGUCAACAUGGAGGAAAAGCAUUGAACAAGUCUGCUGCAAUGCUUACUUGAGGGAAAUAUGGUCUAGUUGUUUGGUUUGUUUUGGUUUUUUUUUUUUUGGGCACUUUCCCUAUUGUCACCAUUUACUUUACUUCUCUUGACUUGUCAAAGCCAUUGAUAUAAGGGAAUGCAUUAUUAUAAACUGACAUUCAGGAAAUGCAGAUAAUGGUUAAAUUACCAUUACUCCUAAAGGCUUUAUGCUACCAUGAUGCAUUAAAUGCAUCUCUUAAAUUUUUGUCUUUGUUUUUACUUCUAGGAACCUGAGCUACUAGUCUAGUUUAAAAGGCAGGGUGAGUAGAGCUCCAGGAAGCUUUCUAGGCAUUCAUAUGAACUCUAAGGGCUCUGAUAAUAAACAGCAUUGGUCACAGAAUAAUGCCUGGAAGCAAAUGCAUAUUAGGAAUGUUUAGAAAUAAAAUAUAAGCCAAAUAGGUGAAAAAAAAAAAUUAGGUAGUAGCACUAUACUAAGCUUAACAGGCAGCAUUUUCAUUGGGAAAAUGUUAAAGCGCAAAUGUUCUUAUGUUUGGGGCUUUGAGCUUCUAUUUGUUCUUCAUUCAAGGAAUAUAAUUGUGAUUUUUGAUUCUGAAGAAAAUAGUCUGAUUUUUCAUUCCCAAUGGAGCACAUAUGGUGCUAGAGACCGGUGUGAUUUAAAAGCUGCUUGCUGCUCAGUAACUUACCAACUGCCUGAGUCAUGUUUUGUCUUUGUCCCAAGAACAGCCAAAGCAUAGUCUGUCAGGUUCUGGAAUGAACCUGGGAGCUCACUCAUUAUUUUGUCUUUCUUGCUACAUUGUGAAGGAAUUUGUGAAUUUAAAAAUUUUGGAGUGCAGCUGGUCUUACUUCAUAUUCCUGAAAUUGUUUGUUUUCCUGUAUAACAUGAUUGAGUCUUUCAUGCAUCAGCUUUUGUACAUAGAAAGAUGAUGGGAUUUGUGUAUUACUUGUUCCAUCUAAGUACAUUUGGCUUUAUCAGAGGAGUCUGUUCUGCACUUCUCUUGCAAUUCCAGAAAGCCUCAAACACUUCACACAAAAACUGAAAUAGAAAAUUGAAGUAUUACAGGAUCCUUGGAUAUGAUUCCAGAUUGCGUGGAAGAAAUACUCUCAAGUAUUUGGGAGCCCAAAAUGUAAUUCACAAAAGCAUUGUUGCAGUGAUGCAAUCAGAGGCAUUGCUGUGGAAUUGAGAGUCUCCACUUGGCAUGUUGAAUUGGACUGGAAGGGCUCUCUUUUCAAGAAUGUCAGUUAAAUAUCAGCCAUUGUCUUCUUGGCUAGAUCUUCCAAAAUUUUGCCCUGGGCUUUUUGGAUGAAAGCUUUUGUGGACAUUGUUUCUCUAGAAUUGAGCAGCUUUCUCUAAAACCACACUCUGGCUUCAGAGUUUUACCAGCUUCUGCUUAAAGCCUUGAACCUUGUCUGAUAGGAUGAUUAAUGAAGUUUUUUGGAAGGCUCCUUGGGUCCAAUGGCCAACACAAUGUUUCAUUUACAAAUUGCCCUAAUGGAAGAUAGCACUAAAGGAAUCUGCUUUUCAGUCUUCUCUUUAAUGGACCCUUACUUUGGCCAGCAGUAACCUGAACCAGUUAUUACUAAUAAAAAGCAACAGAAACAUUUUACUUCAAUUAGCUGGAUUAUGCCUUAAGUCUUUGUGUAAGUAUGGUUAUUAAAUUAAGAAAGCAAUCUUGUGUUUAAAUAAGAGCUUGACAAAUAGCAAGGUAAGUUGGAGACUGACUCAAAGUUCUUUUGGUUUUUGCCUUGAUCAUCUCUUAGUCAGAAUGUUGUUUGGAGUAGCUUUCUACAUAUUUAAAGCCAGUAGCUUUCUGAUGACAGAGCAUUAGGUGUUAUCAUCUACUUGAAAGUGUACUUUCACAUUUGUUCUCCUGUGUGCUUAGGAAACAGUUUAUUUCAGAUUGUUCAUAGCUCAGUUAAAACAGAAGAACUGGUCACACUGAACUAGGCAUUUCACAGUUGUAUUCUGGACAUUCUGCUUCACCUCAGAUUUUGAGGAAUUCCCAUCUAUUUUUAAGUGUAAUUUUUUUCUCUCCCAAACAACAAAGAAUGCAGAAAAAAAAAUCCCAAUUUCUUCUCCGUGUAGUACCUCCAGUUAAAGCAUGUGAAGUGGCAACAAUUUACAGACUUUGACUAUCUCAGUACUGUACAAAUCAGGUGACCCUGGUGCUCCAGUUUGGCUGUGACUGUUUGGACCCUGAUCCUUGGGCAGAUCAAUCCCUUCCAUCAAACAAAAGGCUGUAUUUUUUUAUCUUUAAAAAAGCUCCCUGUUCAGCUUAAUUUAAAACUUAAUGUUGCAUAGGAAAAUAUGCCUAUCAGUUCAAUGUGACUGACUCUGAUUUUAUUUGAUGAUUUCCGAUACACAUUCCACCCCAAACUUGAGUUUUAAUAUUUAAAGUAAUUAAAGUAAUAUUAAUGUUAAAAAUAAUGUUGAUAGGCUUCUUGUUUAUGUCUUUCACAUACUAAGCCUUAUCUGUCUAGAAAUUCAGUAAGGGUUCUGUUCCUGAAAACUUGCAUGUGUUCAGGGGAAGCACUUCUUUUAGUCAGAAAAAAAAAAUAAAUCCAAACAAACAGAAAAACCCCAGUAACAAUCAACACCACUAAAACAAAAAUCCAUCUGAGAAAAUUUGACUCUUUGGACCACAUAAUGAGGGUCAGAUUCCUUCCUCAGGUGUUUGUUUUGGUCUGUUCCCUGCUGAAGGAUUGCCCAAAUGCAGCUGAAGGUAGAGUGGAAUAUGAAAGACAUUACUGAGGAUGACAAGAGAAAAGUAUCUCAAACCCUCUUUGAAAUUUGUGGAUUUUAUUUUUCUUCUCAGAAAUGAAGAGCAUUUUAAAUGAAAUAUAUAAAAAAGAAACAAAAGAAUAGAUUUGAAAAUAUAUUCUAUGUUUACCAGUGGCACUAAAAUAAAAGUGCAUCCACAUAUGUAAGAAUUACACUUGCGAAAAUAUUAAACGUUUUCUCUAAACUUGGACAGAUCCAGACAACAGAAAAUCUGCUGCACAGCCUAUUUUCCAAAAGAUUUAUUAACAUACUUCAUAGAAAACUUCAUUUAGAAAAGUGUUUGUUUCCAUAUUUCUUGAACAUUUUCCAUGGUCUUGGAUAAUGGUCAAGCUUUUCCUUCAGAGGAUGAUGCUCUUUCCUUACAGUACCCCUCAACAUGGCUCUUGUUAAGAGUGUCUUGACAGUAUUCUUCAGCCAUGCACAUUUCAGUGUUUCAGCUUUGAUUUUUGCCUUCCUGCUGCAUUGUUCCAACUGGGAGCAGAUCAUGACUGCCAUGGUAGUGCCUGUUGACUUCUGAGUGUGCUGGAAAAUGGUGCUGACAUUAAUGAAUGCUGCAGUCAAUAAUGAAUUUAUCUGCCUCGGGGAGAUGCUGUGAAUUUACCUGUAGCUCUUUAAAAAAAGCCAAUACUGGAUGUUUGAGAACAGUGUUGCCUUGAAGUCCAAGCUCGUGUGCGCUGUUUUAGUGCAAGACCCAGUGCUCUUGUUCUUGUCUUCAGCCCCGUGGCUGUGCUGCAUAUGAUGUAAAGCCCACGAUACUUCUUUUUAACAGCAGCUUCAUUGACUGUCCAUGAACAAACCAGAGUAUUUUGUACGUGCUUUCAUCAUUUGGUGUGUUAUUUGUAGUGUACUGAAGGCUGAGUAUGCUGGCCAAGCAGCAGUGUAUACUACUAAUGAUUAUCAACACUUGGCACAUAGCACAUUGACACAAAUGUGAAAUACAGACAUACCAGUAGAUCCAAAUACGCAUCCAAAGCCUGCAGAGAUGGUGCUUUUUUCCAUGACAAGUAUUAUCUCUGAUGUUUUAAAAAGAAUGUAAGGCUGUGUCUUCAGGCAAAUGAGGACAGGCACUAUUUUCAGAGGUUCAGAAAACGUCAUCAACUAGGAACAAUUAAUCUUUAGGUAUUUUAAUCUUGCAUGUGGUUUCCUAGCUGGGGCAAGACAUGAAGAACAGAGCUGCACUAACAGCUUUUCAGUUCAGGUUUUUGCCAGUGGUGCUGGGUAGGGUGGAGAAAGGGAAAAAACCUGAAGAUUAGUCAGAAAGCAUGAGGAGACACUGAACAAUAAAGGCAGUGGAAGAUUUUACUACAAAGAGAUCUAAGGGCAUGAUAAAUACCCCAAAAUCUGAAAGGCUGCUGCAAAUUGGGAAAACAGUUUGUCAAGUAGGGAUGACAUUAGAAUUAAUAGACUUAAUAAGGAAAUUCUGGUGCUGGCGGUAGGAAAAAUCCAGGAGUGGCUGACAGGGGAGGGGCUGAGCAGGACAGGGCAGUGCCCAGGGCAUGAGCUCCCUUGGUUCUGCCAGGAGAGAGCUGAACCACACCAACCAGAGCCAUUUCGUGCUGCUGGCAGUCGUGGCUAGCCAACAAACCCUGUCCUCCCUGUCGAGAUACAGUCUGAGGGUCAGGAUUCCUGGUUUUAAUGAGGUUAUAGCAUGAGCUUCAUCCCAGAGUACUCAGUUUAUAUUCAUGAAUGCUGUGAGGGUGUUCUGUACCAACUGUGAUGGACAGUUCAGCUCUUGGGAGACAAAUACUGCAUUUUCUGCUACUUAAAAGUGAUAAAUCUUCUGGAAAGCACAUCAAUUUUAGUCUUUUUGUCUAUGUUUAAUUUGUUGAAUUGCUUCUGGCAGCCUGGAGCAUUUUCAGAACAAGAGAGCUUUGUGUGCUACCAGAAGCUUCCUUUGGCCAGUGGCAUAAAAGAAUUUUCUUUUCACUGGUCCUCUCUAUCAUCUCUAUCAAUGAUGUUCUCUUCUGUGAGGGUUCCACCUUUUCCAUUUUGCAGUUAAAUAUUCAGAUUAUGUGGAAUCAAGAUGGCAUUUUGCGAUCUGUAGAUUAGUGAUAGGUGAUGAAUAAUGUGUUUAAAUUGGAUUUUCUUGAAUUGGGAACUAGUGUACUGUACACAAUAAUCUAUAGUUUCAGGAACUAGCAGAGGACUUAACUUCAUGUGAUGCAGGGGCUCAGGCUUGGUUCUGUUUGCCAGAAGCUGUUGGUGAGUCCAGCAGCCAGGGGUUACAGGUGCACAGGCUGCUGCAAUUAUUUGGAGCUACCUUCCUUAGGUGAAGGUGGCAUUACAGUUUUAUCCAAUUUUCUCAUAAUAUUUUUCUGCAUGUCAGCAUGCAAGUUUAGCUCCAGAUGGCAAACUUCAUCCAGGUGUUUGUCUCUGAAAAAUUCUGAGAUGAUCUGCUAGCUAGAUUUUUUUUCCUUAAGAACUGCUUCCUGCUGACAGACAUGCAUUGUAUGUUGUGAACUGACUUUGAGUGUUUCAUGUAAAUAUUGGUCAGCUGAAAAUAUGUAGAGACACAAUUUCAAAGUAAACCAGCUCAUCACCAGCUUCUGCCCCAUCCCUGGAAGUUCAA